UCCAAGAACCGAAAGCCAAACGACAAUGCUAAGAUUUGGACAACAACUGAUGCUGCUGGCGAUGGCCUGUUUGGCUCUGCAAACGGCCCACGGAUGGUUUUUGAAACUGCCCAAGCUGGAGGCAAAACUGGAGGCCAAGGAGGACAUAGAGGAGGCAAAGCUGGACUGGUUCGAGGGCAAAAAGCAGAAGGAGUUCCUCAAGAAGCUGGAUUUCCUCAAUUUGUUCACCGAAAAAGUGGAGGCUAAGCUCGAGAAGAAAGAGGACGAGUGGGAGAAAUUCAAACAGUGGUGGGAUGAAAAGAAAGAAAAGGAGUUGGCCUUCUUCGAGGCCAAAAAAGACAAGGAGUUGGCCUUCUUUGAGGCCAAAAAAGACAAAGAGCUGGCCUUUUUCGAGGGCAAGUUGUCCAAGAAGACUGGCAAAAAGAGCAAGUCGAAGAAGACCACAGUGAAGCCUUGCUACAGCUACCAGGAGGAGAGUCCCGCUCACUAUUAUUCCGGGGAGGAGGUCACCGAAGCGGACUACGAGCAAUCCGAGGAGGUCACCGAAAAACCCCGCCGAAAGAACCACGAACGUAAGAGCUACGAACGGCCAGCAUAUUCACUACCCACAAUUUACGAUGUGAGGGACGAUUCGGCGGAGGGCAUUCGCUACUUUACCUGAAAGGACGAAGGACCAAGGACCAAGCUAAUUGGCUCGGAUGGAUGGACGGAUAUUUAUUUAUUGCAUUUUCUCUGGUCGCUCCUCUUCUCUUUUUACAUAAUUACAUUUUUAAUAAAUAUAAUUAAAAUUCACAUAGCUGAA